UUGGUGAGGAGCACUGAGCAACCACUUGACUUUCCCUUCCUCCCAACAAAGACAUGAAAGAGAAAUCAAGAUAGAUUUUUUUAUGAUACGAGUGAAGAUUAAAAGAAGAGAAAAUCAUGAGAAUGGAAUGGGAAGGUGAAGAACGUCAUCAAGAGAAUCAAACCCAGAGAGAUAUCGUGAAUGUAAAUGUGAAUAAUGGUGGAGUAAUGUAUGUCAAAGUGAUGACCGAUGAGCAGUUGGAGACUCUCAGGAACCAAAUUGCUGUUUAUGCCUCCAUUUGCGAGCAGCUCGUUGAGAUGCAUAAGAAUCUCACCGCCCAGCAAGAUCUUGCAGGUGGCAGGCUGGGAAACCUGUAUUGCGACCCUUUAAUGGCAUCUGCUGGGCACAAAAUUACGGCUAGACAGCGGUGGACACCGACUCCGGUGCAGCUCCAGAUUCUGGAACGUAUCUUCGAUCAGGGGACUGGAACUCCGAGCAAGCAAAAUAUCAAAGAGAUAACCUCGGAGCUGAUCCAGCAUGGGCAAAUUUCCGAAACGAAUGUCUAUAACUGGUUCCAAAAUAGACGGGCUCGGUCCAAAAGGAAGCAACUGGGGUCAUCAUCCAACAAUGCUGAAUCAGAACAAGAGACGGAAGUAGAGUCACCGAAUGAAAAGAAGAAUCUUCUCUCUCAGCAGAACCAUGCACCAAGUGCUGAAGAUCUGUGCUUCCAGAACCUUGAGAUAUCCCCCGAAUUGCAUUUCUUGAGUGUCAUGUCCAAUCCAAAUGCAUACGAUGGAGAUGAACACCUGUCUGGAAAAAUGGGAAUGCCGGGGAACUACAAUAUUUAUGACCAGGCAGAAGACUAACGCAUGGCAGGGUGAGACUCGGAUUGGUGGGCUAGGGUCGACAGUGGAGACGAAGAAUUCGGUUUAAUCAUGGAACACGACCAUGCUUAACAUAGUAAAGCUAAUACUUGUAGUUUGAACAUGAGAUGAGCCAGUUAAGCUGGAAAUAGACUUCUUAGUAUGAUUUCUGUAGUG